CAUGAAGACAUUCACUGGAAGCGUUCUGCUGAGCCUGGUGGCUGCAGUUUACUGCCUGCCAUUAUCACACGAUCUUGCGCAAGAUGAGAGCUUUGCAGAGAACUACCUGAAGAAGUUUUUCAACCUGAAAGAGGAACAUGGUCCAGUCUUCAGCAGAGGGGGACUCAGCCCCAUGACCAAGAAGCUAAUGGAGAUGCAGAAAUUCUUUGGUCUCCAGAUCACAGGGAAUCUGGAUACAGAAACUCUGGCCACUAUGAAGAAGCCCCGAUGUGGGGUUCCAGAUGAAAACGUUGCUAGUUUCUCUACUUUUGGAAACAACCUUAAGUGGCAGAAAAACGAUCUGACGUACAGAAUAGAGAACUACACACCUGACAUGUCUGAGGCGGAGGUGGACGACUCCAUAGAGAAAGCUUUGCAGGUCUGGGCCAAAGUCACUCCUCUGACAUUCACUAGAAUCUACAGCGGCACAGCUGACAUCAUGAUCUCCUUUGGUCGCCUGCAACAUGGGGACUUUUACCCCUUUGAUGGCCCUGAUGGCACUCUUGCCCAUGCCUUCGCACCGGCCCCUGGCAUUGGGGGAGAUGCUCAUUUUGAUGACGAUGAGUACUUCACUUUCCGCUCAAACAGAGGCUACGUCCUCUUCAUGGUUGCUGCUCACGAGUUCGGCCACUCCCUGGGCUUGUCCCACUCUAAUGACCCUGGUGCUCUUAUGUACCCCCUGUACUCAUUCAAUAACCCUGACACUUUUGUUCUGCCCCGAGAUGAUGUCCAAGGCAUCCAGUCCCUCUACGGUCCAAAUAAGGACCCUGUUAAGCCUGGACCUACUGCCCCCCCAACUCCUGAUGCUUGUGACUCAACCAUGGUCUUAGAUGCUGUCACCACCUUGCGUGGCGAGACAUUCUUCUUCAAGGACAGCUUCUUCUGGCGCACCUACUCUCAGAAUUCUGCACCUCAGCAAACUCUCAUCAGAAACUUCUGGCCCGAUGCUCCUGUCAACAUUGAUGCUGCCUAUGAAAGCCAACAAUUAGACAGAGUCUUCCUCUUUAAAGGUAGUAAAGUGUGGGCUUUCAGCGCCUAUGAUCUUGUACAAGGCUACCCUCAAUCGAUUUCCAGUUUUGGUCUGCCAGUAACUGUCAAGAAAAUAGAUGCAGCCCUCUAUGACCCAGAAUCUAGAAAGACACUCUUCUUUGUUGACAGCAUUUACUACAGGUAUGAUGAGACUACUAAGACCAUGGAUAAGGGAUUCCCCAAACGAGUGGAUGAAACCUUCUCUGGCAUGGCUGGCAAAGUGACCGCAGCUAUCUACAAUCGUUUCGCGUACCUCUACAGCGGACCCGUGAUGUACGAGUACAGCAUGAGGAAUGGUCGGCUGCUCCGUGUGCUGGACAACAGCUACUUCCUGCCCUGCAGCAACUAGCUGACCUGCAAACUUAUACUCAGGAUGACAAUGAAGGCCCAGUUGAAGUGUCCAUAAUUUUUAAUGAUGUAUUUUUAUUAACAUCUAAUUUUAUUUUUAAAAAGUUAUAGGUGUAUAUUGGACAUUUACCCAGUUCUCCUUUUAGAUCUUAGAUAUUUGUGGCAUCAGCUGCUGUUUAAAUUAUUUUUAUCAACAUAUUUACCUUUAACUUAUUUUUUACUUUUAAGUCACAAAAACAUAAACAAAUUAUUUAUGUCUUAUUUGCUUAGUUAUUUGCCAUGUUUGUAUUUGCUACUGUUAAGUUAAAUAUUGACCACCAAUUAUCAUUUUUGCUUUACAACUAUUGUGCAGUUUUGCAAAAAACUCUGAAAAUGUGGCAGUAUUUUGUAAAAUUUGAAGUGAA